GUAUAUGAAUGAAUGGGAGAAUCCCAAACUCUCCUCCAUGAUCCAGCCUCCUCUCCAGAAUCCCUGAGAGAUACCACCUUGCCACAGCCAACUGACAGGUGACCAAUGGCCACUCUCCGGCCAAACGGAAUCUCGGACGUGAGAACCCACUGAUGUCACAUAUCUGCAAUUCCAGGUGUCCGAGUAUGGUGCAGUCUACAUCCCUGAGCCUUAGAAAUGGAAUCGCAAAAGAAACAUAUCAAGUUUAUGGCUCAGAAAUACUUGGACAGCAGCCAGAAAAAGACAUCUCAAACAUCACCGGAUUGUAAAAGGGCUCAUCGAGGCAGAGAAACGAGUGGGACCCCCUUAUUCCCGGACAUUUACGGCGGAAAGAAAAACAAAGAAAACACCCAAGGUCGGUUGCAAUUCGUGCUGAAUACAGACAGUCCAGGUCCAGCAGCUUACUCCCCUCCCACCAUGGCCUGCAGAGAAACCAUCGCCCCAUCCUACACGUUUGGGUGGAAGACCCCUCCUCGAGAAGGCGGAGGGCGCCGCGCCUGGCAAAAGUCUUGGUACAUGAGCAAGAAUCCUUUCUGGAGGAAAGUGGACUUCAGCACCGAAACCAACUGGCCUUCUCCUUCCCAAUAUGGUCAACUCUUAGGAACCAACCUUGGCAACUUGUCACACACCCCAAACUUCACCUUCGGCCAGAGGGGCGAGUACUGCUUGAUUAACAAAGGCACGGUAGAUGAACCUGGACCCAAUCAAUAUAACAUUGACCGUGCUUACACACUUGUGCUUCACCGAUCACCCUCCAUCAUCAUCAACCCUGCCCCGUUCACUCUGUACAGAUGGAUCCAAAAAGAGGGGACUCCAGGUCCAGGGGCUUACAACGUCGACAAAGGGUACAACGCUCGUCUGCCCAGGUGCCCCAGCUUCUACAUCCAAGGGGUCAGGCGACCCAAGAAGCACGAAACGGGCCCGUUUUCAACGCUGUGAAACUAGCAACAACAACGGAAUUAGUCUGGGCUCCUUUUCUCCUCCUUUGUAACAUUCAGUGGGCUGCUUGCGGUUAAUAC